UAGCGGCCUCUUCUCCUGUGGCGAGCCAUGCUGCUUGCGGCUUUCGAGCCUGAACGCCAGUCCGAUGAUAUUACCCUGGGCUCGUUCAAGCUAUCUAACUUCCUUCGUCGGGCUUUCGACAGUUUAAAAGGGGACACGUCUGGCUACCCGAGCAUCCGUCAGCAUCCACAGCUCUCGUUUAUUCUUCAAGUUUCUGGAUUCCCUUGAAACCUAGGGCACAUCAGAACCAUGAAAGGUUCCAAAAUCUUCGUGGCUGCCUCCUUGGCUCCUGCCAUCAGGGCGCAAGCCGGCCUUUACGAGCAGUGCGGCGGAAUUGGAUUCACCGGAAGCACGACCUGCGUUGCAGGAUCCUAUUGCUCAAAAAUCAAUGAUUACUACUCUCAAUGCCUUCCAGGCACUGGAGCCGACUCCACUGCGACAGCGCCCACUGCUGCAACGACCUUGGCAACAGUCACCACCGCUGGCUCUCCAAGUACAGUUACUAGUGCGCCAACUGAUUCCACGAAUCCGCUCGCGGGCAAAAGCUUCUAUGCAAACCCUUACUACGCCUCGGAGGUUAUAAGCCUGGCCGCUCCGUCGCUGUCCGCUGCCGGCUCCGCUGCUUUAGCGGCUAAGGCUACUGAUGUCGCAAAGGUCGGCACUUUCUACUGGCUUGAUGUCAAGGCCAAAGUGCCCACCAUCGCCGCCUUUGCCGAAGAUGUCCAGAAGCAGAACGCUGCGGGCGCGAACUUAGUCCUUCCUCUCGUCGUUUACGACCUGCCCGAGCGUGACUGCGCGGCGCUGGCCUCUAACGGAGAGCUCUCGCUUGCUAACAACGGAACCGCACUCUACCAGGAGUAUAUCAACGACAUUGCUGCACAGAUCAACGCCUUUCCCGAAGUCACAUUCGUGCUCGUCAUUGAACCCGACAGUUUGGCCAAUCUAGUCACGAAUCUGAACGUCCAAAAGUGCUCAAAUGCCGAGACUACAUACAAGACUCUCACCACUUAUGCAAUGAAGACACUUAACCUGAAGAACGUCAUCAUGUACCUAGAUGCCGGCCACGCCGGCUGGCUCGGAUGGACCGCGAACAUCACGCCUGCUGCCCAGCUCUUCGCCACGCUAUUCAAGGACGCUGGAUCCCCCGCGGCCGUCCGUGGCCUGGCUACCAACGUCGCCAACUACAAUGCCUGGACCAUUGCGACCUGCCCGUCGUACACGCAAGGCAACACUAUUUGCGACGAGAAGCGAUACGUGAAUGCCAUCGCUCCGCUGCUCACGCAAAAUGGCUUCCCUGCGCACUUCAUCACCGACACGGGUCGUAACGGCGUCCAGCCAACCCAGCAACAGGCAUGGGGCGACUGGUGCAAUGUUAUCGGCACCGGGUUCGGCAUUCGACCCAGCACUUCCACCGACGACCCUCUUCUCGAUGCCUUCGUUUGGAUCAAGCCUGGCGGUGAAUGCGACGGGACAUCAAACACUACUUCGCCACGGUAUGAUGCGCACUGCGGUUAUGCGGAUGCCUUGAAGCCGGCGCCUGAAGCGGGGACGUGGUUCCAGGCGUACUUUGCGCAGCUGUUGUCUAAUGCGAACCCAGCCUUCUAAAAUAAGAGUGUUGGUUAAGGCUUCGAUUAGCAUAGAUUGUUUAAGCUGGUACUCUUAUAAAGUAAAGCUAUGCUUUUGUUUCUUAUCAUGCAUACUCUUAAAAUAGUUACACACCUCACACUUUGG